AUGACAGGAAUCAGCCCAGACGUCAUCACCCAUAAGCUCAACGUCAACCCCAACUUCAAACCAGUAAAACAGAAACGACGGAAAUUCUCACCAGAAAGGAAUAAAAUCAUAGACGAAAAAGUUCAAAAAUUGAUAGACUCAGGGAAGAUUAGAGAAGUCAAGUAUCCGGAUUGGUUAGCAAACGUCGUCGUCGUUGGGAAGAAGAACGGCAAAUGGAGAGUGUGCAUCGACUUCACCGACAUCAACAAAGCAUGCCCCAAAGAUCCAUUCCCACUGCCACACAUAGACGCCAUGGUCGACGCCACCGCCGGUCAUGAGUUACUCACCUUCAUGGACGCCUAUUCAGGAUACAACCAGAUACUUAUGCACCCAGAAGACCAAGAAAAAACUUCUUUUGUAACAGAUAGAGGAAUUUAUUGCUAUAAAGUUAUGCCUUUUGGUCUUAAAAAUGCUGGUGCAACGUACCAACGACUGGGUAAUAAGAUGGUCAAAGAUCAGCUUGGAGACACGAUGGAGGUGUACAUCGACGACAUGCUAGUGAAAUCAAAGAAAGCGAACGACCACGUGGAACACCUGCGACAGUCGUUCGAAAUUCUAAGGAAGUACGGUAUGAAACUUAACCCAACUAAAUUUUCUUUUGGAGUGUCGGCAGGUAAAUUUCUAGGCUACAUCGUCACCCAACGAGGGAUCGAGGCCAGCCCCGACCAGAUACGAGCAAUCAUCAACAUCCAAUCACCCAGGAACAUAAAGGAGUCCAAACCUAAAGAAGGUGAAGUCCUGCAGCUAUACCUCGCCUUCAGCACGACAGCAGUCAGUGCGGUGUUAGCCCGAGAAGACAAAAAACAACAACUACCCAUCUACUACAUCAGUAAGUCUUUAUUGGAAGCAGAAACCAGGCCAGAACUAACAGGUCGAAUGGAGAAAUGGACAAUGGCACUCGGAGGAUUCGACAUCAAAUACCAACCAAGGACAGCUGUGAAGUCGCAGGCCCUUGCAGACUUUGUGGCAGACUUCAGCCCCGACUUGGAGAAGAUAGCAGACGACGAAGUCAAACUCAUCAACAACAUAGAAGAAACAUGGACACUCUUCGUCGACGGCUCGUCUAACUUUCGCGGUGCAGGUCUAGGCGUCGUGCUGAAAUCACCACAAGGGGACAUGAUAACACAGGCAAUAUGCUGCGACUUCAAAGCAACAAAUAACGAAGCAGAAUACGAGGCACUAAUCGCCGGGAUGACGUUAGCUGAGGAAUUGGGGGCAAUCGGACUCAACACCUUCAGCGACUCACAACUAAUCGUCAACCAAAUCAACGGCGACUACGAAGCCAAAGACCUAAAAAUGACCUUAUACCUCGAGAAAGCAAAAAAGUUAACUUCCAAAUUUAGACCCUUCUCCAUCAAACAAGUACCACGAAACCUAAACACACAAGCCGACGCUCUCGCUAACCUAGGGUCCGCACUCAGAAAAUCACCAUUCUCCACCAUACCACUAGUCCAUCUACUGUCGCCCGCCAUCGAAAAAGACAUACCCCAUCAUGCUAGCCUCGUCAUGACAACCACAAACACAGAUAGCUGGACCAAACCCAUCCUUGAUUACCUAACCCACGAAACCCUACCCGAUGACAAGCUCGAAGCCAGAAAAAUACUUUUCAAAGCUUCACGAUAUGUUAUUUUGCAGGACGUGUUAUUUAAACGAUCGGCAAAUGGAAUGUUGAUGCGAUGCGCGGAAAAGGCCGAGUGGGAAGGAUUACUGAAACAAUAG